CGUGGACUAGUCCUCUAGGUGGUUUGGGGAAGGGGAAAAGUGGGGUGGCCUAAUCGUCCGGCCGAGAAAGGCGAGGCCUAGUCGUCGUUUAGUAGCGACUAGUCAGAGAAGAAGAGCCCAACCCGAUCCCAAUCCGACCCAUGACUGAUCCGAAUUUCAUUAAAUAAGCUGUAUUAAAUAUUACCGGAUAAAUUCCGUAAUCCAAUAACGAUUCUCUCGCACGGCCGAGGUCUAUCCUUCCUCAUCGAUUGAAGAUUUGAAGCAGAUCUGGAUUCAAAUUUUUUAUCUUCCUCUUCAUCGCAUCUUGAUCGGAUGGAGAAGAAGAGACCAACCCGGUAUUCCUCUUCAUGGCACGAUUCAGAACUAAUGGGAGAUAAUAACGUUCGUGAUUAUGAGGAUUCAUCGAAGAACCCCAAACGAAGAACCGGCUCUAAUGAUGCCAUAUGGAAAUAUAGGUUUUGGCCAAAUAUGAACAACAAAAAUCUUGUGGAAUGCACAUUAUCCCACAAACAAAUCAAUUGUGACAUAACGUUGGAUGAUGAUAUUUGAUAACUCAAAACGAGAAGUUAGAUAUUAAUAUGUUCUUUGACUACUUUUUGUGCUUAUUAUCCUUGUUGGAUAUUUGUUCUAAGUACUCUUUGGUAUGUGACUUUAUGUGUUAUUUUUAAACAUAAUUUUGCUUUGCUAAUGCCCCCACUGCAAUCUGGGAAGGACACCAUGUUUAAAGAUUGUCUCAGCCUCUGCACUUCAGAGUUGAUCAUCUGGGUAUUCAUUUUCUUCAUCAAACACUGCAUUUCAGCAUAUCAGAUUUUUCUGCAAAUCUUCUUGCUCUGUUUCCAUUCAGACAGAACCAUAACCCAAAGUUUAUUUCCAUUCUUUCAAAAACGAUAUUUUCCUUCUUAAACUAUACUCCAAAGUAUCUAUUAAAUUUGGAGUAUCUUCUUUAAUAAACGAUGUCAAACUCUUUUUAAAACGAGUAUUUAUUAUGGAGUAUCUUCUUUUUAAAGCUAAGCACUUCCAUUAUGAAAUUUCGUAAUGAAAUUUUCAUCAUUUA